AGAUAAAGGAAGAGAUAAGCCACCUCUUCUUUUCCCUUUCCUCUAUCCCCUCCACUCCACUCUGCUUCAUUACUGUAUCCAAGGGAGCGGAGCUCCACCGCCGCAUCCAUGGCGAUCGCCGCCGCCGCCGCCGCCGCCACCGCAGCCGCGCUCUCCUCUCUCUCACUCCGCCCCUCCCUCCCCUCCUCCCUCCUCUCCUCGAACCCUAAACCCUCCUCCCUCAUCCUCCUCCGCCAUCCCCAUCGGCCCCCACCAGCUCCUCUUCUCUGCUCCAAGCUCACCCCCUCCGCCGCAGACGACGCCACCGACGCCGCUGUUGCCGACGCCGGAGACGACGACGACGACGACGACGACGCCUUCGACCCGCCGUCCCCGCCAGAGGGCUACGUGCCCCCGACGCCCUUCGACGAGCUCCCCCCGGAGACGGAGGAGGAGAUCGCCGCGGCCUACGAGGAGAUCUACGGCCCCGCGUUCAGCGGCGUGAGCGUGCUCGGGAACGACGUGUUCGCCAUGGACGCGAAGCUCAAGAAGGCCGGGGGGCUCCUGGGGCGGCGGAAGAGGGAGAAGCCCAACGACGGGUUCGAGGAGAGGGUGGUGCAGGUGCGGAGGGUGACGAAGGUGGUGAAGGGGGGGAAGAAGCUCUCCUUCAGGGCCAUCGUCGUCGUCGGCGACAAGAAGGGCCACGUCGGCGUUGGCGUCGGGAAGGCCAAGGAGGUCGUCGACGCCAUCGCAAAAUCGGCGGCGAAUGCGCGGCGGAACAUCGUCACCGUGCCCAUGACCAAGUACUCCACCUUCCCCCACAGAGCUGAUGGAGACUACGGAGCAGCAAAGGUAAUGCUGAGGCCUGCUUCGCCCGGUACAGGUGUUAUCGCCGGUGGAUCUGUGAGAAUCGUACUGGAACUGGCCGGUGUCGACAACGCUUUGGGAAAGCAAUUGGGUAGCAAAAACGCGCUCAACAACGCGAGAGCGACCGUGGUCGCUACCCAGAAGAUGAGGCAGUUCCGCGAAGUCGCUCUCGAACGGGGAAUUCCCAUGGAGGAAUUAUGGAAGUGACUAAACCUGUUGCAAAACCCGAUUCUUUUGAUUAUGUUUCGAUUACUCCUUUUUCGCUUGUAUUUACCGAAGAAAUAUUGUAACCUGUUUCCUUUUCUUAUAUGUUUGUUUUGUUGUGGAAUUGAUUAUGAUGUGUGGGUGGAGAGUAAACGUCUCAGGAUUUUGUAAUUAUGUUUCUCAUUAAGUUCUUGAUCUGAGGAUUUUCGCAACA